GAAAGAUGAGUGGUCGCCGCCCUUGUGUGAUGGAUCCACUAAGAACUGGCAACUGAUCCGAGCUGGAGCCGAUAGGAUUCGUGGGUGUCAUGGGGAUCGGAUCAGGGAAGCGCAAUGGCAUCUCCCUCAGGAAAGCUGAAGUUGCUCCUGCCAAAGGGCUCCUAUCCGGACCCGGAUAGCUGAUCGUGGGGAUGUUCAACUUCGACUAGGAAUCAACCGUGAGGCGGAUAGGAAAGACGGCCACAAGAUUGCGGCCCUCCGCUGCAAAGUCGAGGUUGCUCCAGGAUAAAGAUCCAAGAGAAAGAAGUGUGCACGUUGCCCUUGUGCGAUGGAGCCGGUAAGAAGCGGCGACGGAUCCGGCGAGCUGAUCGGGAUCGGAUCCGGGAAGCGGAAGGGGGUCGGAUCCGGGAAACGCAAGGGCAUCGUAUCAGGGAAGCGCACGGGCAUCUCCUCAGAAACGCUGAAGUUGCUCCUCGCAGAGGCGUUGAAAACCAGGGCAAAGAAUCAGAUAUCGAGUCGGUUGAGGAAUAUCGACGACCAAGGCCAGCGGAUCCAGGCGCUGCGGGAGUUUCAGGCGUGGAUCAUGCAUCAGCAUCCACAGUCGAGCAUAGACGCGCCGAUGCAGACCGAGAAGAGCGAGGGAAUCGAAGAUCUGGGCAAGCUGGUCGACACUCUCGCCGGAGAGAUAUCGAGUUCGAUGGUGGUGGAAUUUGCACUUCGAGAAAAAGAAAAGAAAGUGGAGCAGGAAGAGAAGCUCGUUUGCGCAUUAGAUUCGUGCUCCGAGGAGAUCCGUGAUCUGUGGGAAAACUUCCCAAGAUACGAGCACGAUCUCGCCCUUCUCUCCAAAGUGCAGUCAAUCUCUGCAAGUAUCGAUAUGCUUCGGAGACUGGAACCGGAGCUUGACAUCAAACUGAGAUCGAUGGAGGUGAAGACUGAGGAGGAGGAGAUCAGCAGGGAUGAUCUUGAUUGCAAACUGGGAUCGAUGGAGCUGAAGGUUGAUGAGGAGGAGUUGAGCAAGGAUGAAGAAGCAAAAUCCGAAUCAAUAGCAGCCGGGAUGGUGGUCGAGGGAUUGCAAGCCUACCGUAGCUGCUGGGAGUCGUUAUGGCGCCCUGCGAGGAGUUUCGAGGACAUGACGUUAGCGAGUUCCAUGCUCUUUACUCACUGCACACCAGGCCGUAUGCCAAGAAAUGCCAUCGUUGGGAGCACCUUGCAGAUCUACUCAAUUAAGGUUGCAGAAAUACACGGCUUUGAGAGCCCCCUGAAGGUGUACGGUGUGGUUGCUGCCCGAGACACAGUGGACAGCAGUCGUAACCCAAUCUUCCUUCGUCCAAGAAAUGGCUGUCAAAUCCUCAAUCUGCAGGAGCCCUUUCUACACUUAACUGGCCCAUGUCGUGCAAUUGUGUCUAUGAACCCUGUUGACAUUGAGAUAGAGCUGAAACUAAAGGGGGCAACCAAGUCCGAGGACAGGAUAUUGAUCAGCAAAGUCUAUCACUACAAUGGUGAAAGGUUAGGUACAUAUCUCGUCGGCGACAUGCAUUGUGGGAUAGAAUUAUGCUUUCAGCAACUUGAGCAGUCCAUUCAGGCCACAAUCUCGCGUGUUCGGAUUGUUGAAAGGGACUCAGCGCCUUUUCCGCAUGGUGGCCGAGUUGCGUGCUUCUCGCUACCUCACGAGCAAUCCGAAGAAAUUGUGCUGCUUGACACAAAAGGUGGAAAUGCCAAUGGGGAAACACCGUUGUUUUGAGCUGUCCAGAAAGGUUGUCUCUGUAGAAUUAGAAGGGAAGCUCAAAGUUAUGAUUCAAGCAUAUGCACCAUCUGGUGAAAUCACCGGCGGUCAUGUCCUCUUCACACCACAAAAGUGCGGCGCAACUAAAGGUAUCUGUCAUCUUGGUGAAACUGCGGUGGAGGUUACCGUUGCUUGGUCGCUCCUCCCCUCGCCGAAGGAGACCUUACCAUGUCCAUUGCCUGUAGACAGGAUUUGUUAGGAGAUGGCUAUAUUUUGAAUGAUUAUGUGUGCACUUUGACUUGUGCAUUUAAUCUUUUGUGUGGAAAGUUGGUGCUUCGAUGGUGUACUAAUUAUUUGUGAAAGCUAAGAUAUUGUAUGCAAGCAUCAAUUUCUUCAUCAGCUACACAUUCAUCUUGUCUUGUGUGAAAACAAAC